AUGUUUUUCGCUAAAAAAUUAGAAAAAUAAAAGAUAUUAGCUUUUCUCAUUAUUUUGUUCUUAAAUUUACGAUGCUUUUUAGGCUAGUUGAGUGUUAAUAUAGCUAAUGAAUUAUAAUAUACGAUUUGUUCAUAGUCACUUAGUACAAACAUAAACUCGAUUUACUGGGUUGCUAAUAAUAAAAAUACUAAUACUGUAUAGACAAUUAACAAUUGUAUUUAAAGUUGUCCAUCACAAAAUUUUUAAAUAUUGGGUCUUUUUGACAAUACAAUCACCUUGUAAAGAAUCUUAGGCACUCCUGAACCUCAUUAUUCUAUCCAAUUAGAGAUAUCACUUGUUAAUUGUUAAGGAUGGUAAUUGAAUAAUUACUUUAGUGUUUAUGUUGAUAAUUAAAUGGUACUAUAAUGGAAUGUUGAUUUAUUAUAAGCGACAUUUAUAUUGAAUGUUCCUCAUAGCUCAAAUUCUGUCAAUAUCAUGAUUUCUCAGAACUUCUAAAACGGAGCUCUAUGGGGAAUUAAAUCUUUUGUGGCUAUUAUGCAAACAUGCAUUUAUGAUUUGUAAACUAAGUAGUGUUUAUGUCCGUAAAAUUAUAUAUCUUUGAAUGGAGAAUGUGUGAGCUGUUCUACUUAUCCAGGUUUGUCGAUUAAUCCAUCUACUUCGCUUUGUUAGGAGUAGUGUGGAGAUGGUAAAAGAAUUACUAAUUAAAAGGAAUGUGAUGAUGGUAAUACAAUAAGUGGUGAUGGAUGCAGCUCUAGUUGCAAAAUAGAAGAUGGAUGGAAAUGCAGUGGUGGUUCAGCUACAUCUCCUGAUAUCUGCUAGAACAUUGCACCAAUUAUUAUGACUUUGUCUUCUUAAAAUGUUGAUAACGGACCUAUAAUUACCAUAACAUUCAACAAAAAUAUUAGGAUAGCCACAAGCUGGGAAGAUUCAACUCAAAUGUAAAUUAAUGGUGCUUCAGAUUAUAAAUUAAACUAUCCUACUGAUUUGCAAGGAACUUCUUUCAAUGUAACAAUUACUUCGGAAACAAAUAUACUCAAUGCGCAAUUUCAGAUUACAAUACUUAAAUCAUAAAAUAUUGUUGAUGAUAUAUCACAAACAAAAAUUUACACUAAGGUUUAAACCUUGAAACUGCAAGAUUUUAGUUAUAUUCCUUUUGAACAGCGUAAGUUUGCUGAAAAUAUAUCGGAAGCUGCACAUGGAGUAUCAUUAACAGUUAUUGCCUCUUUUAUUCCACUUUUGUUGAGUGGCAAUUUCUUUCUACUAGUGAAUACUAUAGAAAUAACUGAAAUGAUAUUUCAUUACUAAUUUAUAGAUGUGCGUUAUCCAUUCAAUGUUAAUAAGUUUUUUGCUGUUUUUAACAAUUUUGAAUUGCCUAUGAUUCCGAAUAUAUUUGAAUUUUUCUAUGAUGAAUCAAUUAAUAUGCACGCACCAGAACGUUUAAAAGAAGUUAAAUUAGAUAGUUUCUUCAUGAGAAACUCUGGAUAAGCAUUUACAUUAUUUUUGCUUCUUGUAAUAGUUCAUACACUUUUAAAAAUGUUAAGCUCUAAAUACAAUAAAAUAAACUGUUUAAAGAAACUCUGCCACGAGCUAAAAGAAAAUAAAUUUAAUUACUCAUUUUACUUUGAUGUAAUGACAGUAACAUAUCUUAACUUGGCAGUGAGUUCAUUUAUGCAGUUUUAUGAUACUAAUGCUGAAACAACAAUUCUUCUCAUAAAUUAAAUAUUAUCUUAUCUUACAUUCGUAAUUGUUUUAUUUUGGCCAUUUUUCAUGGCAUACUACAUUUACGUUAGAAGAGACAUAAUUGGAGAUGAAGAAGUAUAAGAAAGAAUGAGUUCUCUUUUAGAAGGACUUAAAACAGAUACUCUAUUUAAGGCUAUGUUUUAAAUCUUAGUGUUUUGCAGAAAGAUCUACUUAGCAUUUAUUGUUAAUUUUAUGAUUGCUGCUCCUCAUAUGCAAAUGAAUUUCUUGGGAAUUUAUAACAUAUUUUUAAUUUUACUAAGACUAAAGUAUAGGCCUUAAAAAUUGGUUUUUUAGGAAUUGGUUAACAUAAUAACAGAAGUACUCUUGUUUGUUAUGUAAGUUUGCAUUUAAUAACUCAGAGAUGAUGUAAAUUAAACAGAAUAUUAGAGAGUACAAUUUGGGUGGGUAAUUAUAGGCUGUUCUUCAGUAAUUAUAGCUUUUCAUGCUAUCUUUCUAACAUAUGAAGUUUUGCACACAAUAAAAAAGUAUGUCAAAAAAUGUAAGGAAAAAAGAGCUAAAAAAAAAGUUGCCCCAGUUAAAGAAAGUCAUUCUACAACUUCUAAAUAAAAGCUAAAACAAAAUAAUAACUUAAUAAGUAUAGAAAAUCUAAAUGAUGAAAUUAAACCUUCAAUCGAAACAAAAGAAAACUUAGAUAAUCCUCCAAAAAAUAAAGAUAUUCAAAUGAAUUUACUUUUAUAAUCUGUGGAUGAUUUUAAUUUAUUUGGUAAAGCUAGCCUCAAUACUAACAGAUAAACUAAUGAUCUUGCUUCAAAUACUAAUCGUAAUUUAAUAAGUAAAAACACAAGCAAUCUAGAUUAUGAACUUUAAUCACAAAACAUAACCCAGAUUAACCUAGGUUCGAUGACAAAUAGAAAUAGAACUAGAGUAGGAUCUACUGUUGCUUUUUCAAAGACUGGUUCUUAAUAAGUUAUCCCACUAAACGAUGAAUAUAUUGACUCCACGUUUAAUUGUCAAAUUCAAACUAAUGUUAAUAUCAAUUAUGGUAAAUGGACAAUAUCUACAAAAUCAGGAUUUACUGACACUUUUAAUUUGAAUAAAUGCACUUAAAUGUGUUAAAUAUAAACAAAUUAUCAACUUGUGCUUGGCCCUAUAUCUAAUUCAUUUAUAUUUGAGAGAAUAUUUUCUAUUCCAGAGCCUCAUUACUAAAUAAAAAUAAUUGGUUAGAUAGAUAAAUGUGAUGGUGGUCUGAAUACAAUAGAUUAUACUGGCGAUUAAAUUAUGUUAGUAGUUGAUGGUGUUACUGUCAUAACUCUAUCAUCAAAUUAAAAAAUAGAAAGCUUUGGAUUCGUAAUUCCUCACUCAAAAAACUAAAUGCAUUUAUAAAUAAUUCCUAACAUUAAAAGCAAUCAAGGGUUUAAGUUAAUAGGUUUAUAAAAUAUAUAAAUUACUGUAUUUAGCAAUGCAUUUAUUUUGGCUAGUAGUAAAUGUAUAUGUCCACCAUAUUAUCUGCCAAUAAGCAAUGAAUGCAUUUUAUGUAAUUAAAUAACAGGUAUGAAUUAUAACUCCUAAACAUAGUAGUGUAGUGAGAAAUGUGGAAUAGGAUAGAUAAUCAGUAGUUCAAAAUAAUGUGAUGAUGGGAAUUAAGUAGAUGGUGAUGGCUGUAGCUCUUACUGCGCUAUAGAAUAGAAUUAUAUUUGUAAAAAGCUAAAUAAUUAGUAAUAUGAUACAUGCUAUUUGAGUACUCCUAUUACUUUUAAUAUUCAAGAAGGAGAAGAUUUUGAUUCAGCAAACCCUAAAUAUUUAAUAGUAUUUAAUAGAGCUAUAUAAGAUAUAACAAGCCAAUUAAAUGUGAUAUUUUAGGUUUAAGUGUAAGAUAUUUAAUCUAACUAAUACAGCUACUCAUGGGCAAAAGUAUCUCCAAAUAUUUAUUCUCUAACUCUGAAGUGGUAAACAUCAAUUGUAAACAAGGUUUUAUAAGUUUCCAUAGAAUAACCUAGUUUGAUAAAAGAUUCUAACUCAAUUUCUAUCCUUGAUACAAUGCAUACAAUAGGCAUUUAAAAUUUUUAUUUUGUUUCUUCUAAUGAUAUGGACUUAGCUUAGAUACUAUAGAUAUUAAGUAGGGUUAUUUAAGUUUUAUAAAUUUCUACUAUACCUAUAUUUUUAAUAACUAAUAAAUACCAUGCUGUUAUGAAUGCUGUAGAUAUGAAUUAAAUAGUAACAUAUCUUCCUUUAAUCAAUAUAAGAUAUCCUGGAAAUGUCAAAAUUUUUUUCAAUGCCUUCUAAGAUUUUGAUUUUAACUUCUUCCCUAAUCUUUUUUAUUAUUUGAUUCCAUCAGACUUAUCAAGUUAUAGUUUUUCAUAUGAACAAUUCAUUGAAAAUGAUAUCCCUACAGCUUAUUUUCUCAAAAAUGCUGGAUCAAACUUAAGCAUCUGGAUUAUUUUUUUGAUAAUUUAUUGCAUAUUUAAAAUUGGUACAUUGCCAAUAAUGACUCAUAAAAAAAUUAGAUUAUUUUGCAUAAAUAUUGUUGAAAAAAGAUUUUAGUGGCUUUGGUUCAUAGAUAUGAUGUGGUUGCUGGGAAUGAAUAUAAUGAUAAGUUGCUUUCUUUAAUUUUCUUCAAUAACUGUUUCUAAUGCUCUGGAAGUCAUCAACAUAAUCAUAACCUUUGCUUGCUUUAUAUCUUUUUUUUUAGCUUUUCCUCUGAGGUGCUAUCAGAUUCUUAUAAGAAAUUCUUACUUGUAAGACUAAGUGUAAUACAUACAUCUGUGGAGUGGUCUCAAGCAAAAUGAAUAUAAAAGCUGCUUUUUUCAUUUAGUUUAUUACAUCAGAAAAAUGGUUUUUGCUUGCACUAUUAUUACCCUUUAUAACUAAACCCAAGUCUAAAUAAAUAUGCUCAACUUCUUUUCAAUAUUUACUCUUUUAUUUUUAUUGAUUAAAAAUCCUUUUAAAAAAUAUAAGCAUAAUAUAAAAGUAUUCUUAUCAGAAUUAUUACUUUUCAUAGCCUAGAUAGAAAUGAUAGAACUUAAAAAUAAUAUUGAUAGUCCUGAAUCAUCUAGAAUAAAAACAGGUUGGGUGAUAGUGUUUGCAUUCUUAGGAGUUUUAAUACUUUAAGCGAUGUUCACUAUUUAUUAAGCUUAUAUAGCAAUUAGAAAAUGGUGGAGAAAGCUUAAAGAGAAAGACAAUCUAGAUAAAAAUAAGCCUCUAGAAAAAGUGAAAAGCCCAAGAAUAACAAAAGAAAUAGAAAUAUAAACUUCAAAUGAUAAAGCUAAUAUAUAAAAUGACAAAAAUAAUGAAGACGAUAUAAAUUACUUUGAAUAUGGAAAUGUUUCAAGAAAAUCUAAAUUUAAUUAUAAUAAUAAUAAUAACAAAUUUAACUUUAACUUUAAAGAGUAAGAUAAUGUUGAAGAAGAUAGCAACUCAAGUAUAUCUCUCCCUGAAUUCGAAAGGAAUAUAAGAAAAUCAAGUCGCCAAAUUCCUCCACCUUUCUCUAGUAGGAGAACAAUAUUUAUUUAUAAAAAUUAAGAAAACAUAGAUGAAAAUACAAUCAAUGUUUGA